AUGCAGAUGGCAGGCAGCCCCAACACUCAGCCAGCCCAGCUGCACAGGAAGACGCAGAACAGCAGCGAGAGGACAGCGAGCAAGGAGGAAAGAAAUAGCAAGAUGAUAAAAGGCGAGGAGGAGGAGGAGAAGGAGGAGGAGUCGGGGCGGAGGAGACGGCUUGCAGGCUUUACGAGGGCGGACCAGCGAUGGAGUCACGUCAAGCAGCAGCAGAAGCAGCUGACGAGUCGAUACAGCGUGCGGGAUCGGCUUGCUGGCUGGUGGAUAGCCAAACACGAGUCACGCAGAUCAAGGGGUGACGGUGACCCGAAUGUAGCCUGUCUGGCUCUGCAAUCCGGACCGGGCAUGGUUAUAUAUUUUGGGACGACGAUGACUCCCAUUUUUUCCCUGGCUGGGGGAGAGGAGGGACCGCAGAGAUGGUCAUGGAAGGGCUCUCAUGACUCCCUCGAAGGCGACCAAGGCCAUUGCAUUAGCUGGGAACGCUCGCAGGAUACAAGGCAGGAAGCCGCGCCAGUACGCUCUCCACCCGCCGCCCUCUCUGCCCACGGCGACAGCGGCGUCUCUCCAUCGUCGAAAUUUGCGCUCUCCGUCACCCAGCGAGCCGCCCAGCGGAUCCGUCAUGAUACGCUGCUUGAUGACGUCGGACGGGUAGGAGGUCACCCAGAAGACCUGCGCAGCCAGUCCGCCGGCCCAGAAGUUGAUGGCAGGUGCAGAGAGAUCUGUGUACUGUCUGAAAGCGCGCGAGAAGAUGUCAUAGCUGCCCCAGAAGCAGAAGAAGAACGAGCGGAAGAUCAAGGUCGAGCAGAGGCCAUGAUAGAGCCCUGGUAG